CCUUUGCCAUUAAGGAAACCCAUUCUAAAAAUUUAUUUUGCACUUGAUCUGAAAGACCACAACUUCUUCUACAAAACAACAAGUCUCCGAGAUCUGUAGGAGCCAGGUUUAGGACGGCACACUCAUUUUUCUUUAGGUAGAUCGUAAUUGGCCUGUUUUGUGCGGAUUUUCGCAAAGAGACAGAUGUUACUGGUAAUUAAAAUUCCAUACUGUCCUAAAUCUUGGUCUUUAAAGUUCUUUAUAAGCCCAAUAUCAGACGUUUGUACGUUUCCCCUGGACUUCAAACCAAAUUAAUUAUACAUGUGUGAUAUUUCUUUCACAUAAUAUACAUCAGCAAUUAAACGAUUGCAGUUGAAUUAUCCUUAAAGGGUGAUUCAGAUAAAACCGAAACCGAUUAUAUUCGUGCAUCUUACAAAGGUGAUUCAGAUAACACACAAAUACAUUAUAUUCGUACAUCUUACAAAGCAAAUAUCGGAUCGUUCGAUCGAAUGGUAGAACAAAUUGAGAAAGAAGCAAUUCGUUCCGAUAGCAAAGAAUUUCGUCUGUAUCCAGGUGUUUACAAAAAUUUACAUGAUAAGCUGGUUGCGAUUACAAGAUUACAACAAAAUGAACAUUCAAAGAUCUAUAAUAACAAGACCAAACGUUGGCGAAUUGUUAAAGAUACCAGUAAUCCAAGUAAUGUUGUUUUGAUAAUGAAUAUCCCGGCUAAGAAUAAUAAACCUGCUCGUGCGUAA